AUGUCGUCCAAGCUCUCCACCACCGCCGUUUCCUCCCGCCAGCCCUCUCCGAGCCGCAGCGCCUCGCAGACCGCCAUCCGCGCCUUCUUCGUCGUUCUCGUCCUCGCCCUGCUUUGGCACAUCCGCUCAUUCGCCAAUCGCGCUCUUCCCGCCGGCUCCCAUUCAUCUUCCUCGCCGCAGACCUCGUUCCCUCCGUCCCCCUCCUCUGGCGGGAAUACAACAUGCCCCGAAAUCCCAGGCCUUUCUGACGUCUUCGUCGUCGUCAAGACCGGCGUCGUCCAGCACCGCACCAAGCUUCCCGUACACUUUUCCACCACGCUGCGCUGCGUGCCACGCUACGCCAUCUUCUCAGACUAUGCCGAGGCCAUUGACGGACGCGCGAUAUCCGAUGCGCUCAAGGACGUAGACCUCACGGCAGCGGAGCGCGCGAAUGUCGACUUCUACAAUCGCGUGCGGGACCGCGGCGGUCGGGACGCGCUAUCAAAGGAGGAGCUCGAGGCGUGGGGCGCGACAGCGGUGCAAACUGGCACCGGUGGUGCUGACACGGGAGGAAAGAAGGCGCAGAAGCUACUGGCGAAGUUGGAGCAGGACAAUCCGGGCCGCAAGCUGGACAAGUGGAAGAUGGUGCCAUCCGUGGACAAGGCGCUGCGAGCGGCGCCGGAUGCAAAGUGGUUCGUCUUCGUCGAGCCGGACACGUACGUUUUGUGGUCAAACUUGGUCGAGUGGCUGCAGCUGUUCGACGCCAGCGCGCCGUGGUAUCUGGGCGAGCCGGACCAGGCGGAGGCCGAUGUAUUUGCUCACGGUGGCGCGGGUGUGGUGUUGAGCGCCGAGGCGGCGAGAAGAGUGAGCGCGCUUUACAAGGAGAAUGCCGAUCGCGUUCGGCAGAUCACUGCGAGUCGUCCCAAUGGCGCGGCUGCGCUGGGAAGGGUGCUGCAGGAGGUCGGCGUGCCGCUGACGUGGUCAUGGCCAAAUCUACAGAGCAGCAGCCCGUCUCAGCUGGACUGGGGCGAGGAAAGAUACGAGUUUGACAGAUUGUGGUGUCACCGCGCCAUUAGCUAUCAUGGCCUGUCGACGGACGAGAUCGAGUAUCUGUACGCUGCGGAGCAAUCCGCCAGAGCAGCUGGCACCCCCUUAACCCAUCAUCGCCACGUGUUCCAGGACUUUGUCAUGCCCCAGCUCUCAUCCCUAAAGCCCAACUGGGAUAAUCUCGCUGACCGCAAGACGUUCAUCAAGCUCACUAAGAAGGGUCUUAGGAGCGGCAGACGCCUCAAGAACUGGGGAGAUUGCCGCCUCGAGUGCGACCAGUAUGGCAGCUGUAUUGGUUUCUCGUGGAUCGGAAAGGAGUGCAGGUUCAACACCAAAUUCCAGCUAGGCCGGGAGAACAUCACUAGUGGCAGGGAUGGCAAAAACUUGAUAAGCGGCUUCAUGACAGACAGGGUGGAUUGGAUGAUCAGAUGGCUGGAGGAUGAGCCGUGUAAAAAGAGGGAAGAGUGGGUGCUGCCAGUGCCUUUUGAUGAUAGUAUUGAUGAAGAGGACGAUUAA